AUGGCGCUGGAAGUACAACCGCCCGACGGUCGCAAACGUGUCAAGGUCUACGAACUAAGGGAUAAUGAUUGGUUUGAUCGAGGAACCGGCUUCUGUACCGGCCAGAUCUUGGGAGAGGAACCUCGCAUAUUUGUCGAAUCGGAAGACGAGCCCAAUCGCGUAUUGUUACAAACAAAGAUCACCAAGGACGAUGGCUAUCAAAAACAGCAAGAAACUUUGAUCGUUUGGACUGAACAGAAUGGAACGGAUAUGGCGCUCAGUUUUCAAGAGGCGGAGGGUUGUGCGGUCAUUUGGGACUUCGUCAAUGCCGUUCAACAACAUCUCUUGAGUCUGACCUCGGGUGAUGACGCCUUGUCCGAUGACCUGGACAGCUAUCACUCCAUCGUAUUACCAUCUCCCGACCUCGGCCAUCUCACAGAAAUCGAACAGACCACACGAGCCGCGAGUAUGACACAAGCCGGCCGAGACGCGCUCUCCAAAUUUAUCAUUCGCGAUGAAUACAUUGCCAAGUUGGUACCGCUAGUGUCAAUGGCCGAGGAUUUGGAGAGCUUAAUCGACCUCCAUCGCCUCUGCAACAUCAUGAAAUCCUUUAUCCUCUUGAACGAUAAUACCAUAAUCGAGACCGUUGUCGCGGAUCAUGUCAUCUUGGGAGUGGUCGGGGCUCUGGAAUAUGAUCCCGAGUUUCCCACGCACAAGGCAAACCACCGACAAUACCUCGCAGAUAAGUCCCGAUACAAAGAAGUGGUUCCGAUCAAGGAUCCGAUCAUCCGCCGCAAGAUACGAAGUACAUGGAGACUCCAAUACCUAAAGGAUGUGGUGCUAGCGCGGAUUUUGGACGACCCGACAUUUUCAGUGCUCAAUUCCUUGAUCUUCUUCAACCAGAUGGAGAUUGUGAACCACAUUCAAUCGAAUGCGCCAUUCCUGCGAGAGUUAUUUGGCGUCUUUGACCCGAGAAACCUCGAUCAGAGACGCUUCGAUCAGAGACGCAAGGAUGAUGCCGUGCAGUUCCUUCACCAGUGUGCUGGCAUCGCGAAGAAUUUGCAGGCGCCAUCGCGGGCUCAAUUGUUCGCCAACUUCAUUAGCCAUGGUCUGUUCACCGUGAUUGCAUUUGCCGUCAAGCAUCCGAAUCCAUCCAUGCGCACGACUGGAAUUGAUAUCUUGGUGGCUCUGUUGGACCACGAUCCCGUCAUGAUGCGAGGCUACAUGCUCAAGGCUGUCAAUGAGAAAAAGGUUCCCCUCACAGACACCUUGAUUGACCUUCUUCAUGUGGAGAACGACCUCGGUGUCAAAAACCAACUCGCCGAUGCUAUUAAGAUUCUUCUCGAUCCUCAGAUUCCUCUGCAGGACCCGCUUGGUCGGGCUGGACCCGAUUACUUCAAAGUUCGCACCAACAACCUUCUUUCCGAUGCAUUUGUUCAGCAGCAUUUCGAUGAGUCUUCAAAACGGCUUUUCCAACCUCUCAAACAGCUUGCGAAUCGCGCAGCCCUUAAUGAUUUAACAUUCCAAGAGGUCACCCUCUACUCCCACCUUGUUGAUAUCCUCACCUUCUUCGUCCGCCAGCACCUCUUCCGCACUCGUAACUCCAUUCAAAGUGAAUCUCUAGCGCCUCGGGUCGCCCAGCUUCUGGUGGUCCCCCAGAAACACCUGAAACUAGUCGCCCUCAAAUUCUUCCGCACCUUGAUCAGUCUCCAAGAUACCUUCUACCAAGCGCUCAUGACACAUAACAACACAUUUGGAUUGAUUCUCGAUAUUGUCUACGACACAAUGCCCCGCGACAACCUGCUCAAUUCGGCUUGUCUUGAACUUUUUGAGUUCAUAAAACGGGAAAACAUUAAGCCCUUCAUUCUCCACGUGGUCGAGAAAUACCGCGAGAAGCUCGAGAGCAUCACAUAUGUUGAUACUUUCCAGAGUCUGAUCCUUCGAUACGACCAGAUGCAGGGCUACGGCGCCGAGGCCGACUCUGCCUUGUUCAGCCAAGAUGAAGGCAGCACACCGCGCAGAAUCCCCAUUAAUGGCCAGCGCUGGCAGGGCGUGAGAGACCUGGACGCUGCGGAGGAAGAUUACUUUAAUACAUCCGACGACGAAGACGAGAUAAAGUGGUCACAGGACCGCGAGACUAUCACAGUUGGAACUCCGAACGGCUGCACCUCCACAGUCGCCAAGCCAUUAGUCGAUUACCCUGAUGAUGACGAUGAAGAUAUCAUGGACACCAAACCAGAAGGGGCACAAUCAGAAUCCAACACAGCCGAGAACGACGCUCCCUCCCCAUCAGCCCAGACACCUCCACCCGAACGCCUCGCCGAAAAGCGGCGCCGCGAAGAGGAAGAUGAAGACGAACUUGUCAAGCUCACAGCAGGCCCCAAGCGCCGAAGUUCAACGAGCAGCAACGCCGGCGCAGGCAGCAUCCUCCGCAAAAAGAGCCUCUCCGGUGCCCCAGCUGACAAGAACGCUGCCGUUCUGGGCGUCGCGCCCAAGCGCAUCGCCAUCAAUAUCGGUUCCACAGGGAAGUUGGAACCCGAUCCUUGUACGGAGGUGCAGAGCAACGAGAAGGAGAACCCCGCGGAGAAAGACGAGACUGAAGACAAUCAGGGAUAA